AUGAGCGCUAUCAGCGCCCUGGCAGCUCGUCGACGGGAGGCAGCGAGUGCUGCUACACCCCCAGCCAAUACUUCUCCAGAGGUUGACGACAAACCAAUAAUAAGCACCACCAACUUUUAUAGCCCCUUGCAAAAAGCUGGGAGCAAGGGCGGACCACAUGGGACACCUAGCAAGAGCACCCCGAAACCGUCUUCGCAACAACGGGGUUCUGAAUCCCGUGUAGCUCGACUCAAGGCUGUUCUCUCCCCAAGCGAAGGUCUGAACAAUGCAGCCUCGGAAUCAUCGGCAUCCUCUCAAAACAUCAUACAGUACUCAUCCUUUCGACCAACUAAGAGGAACCACCGUAUCAAAACUGGAGGCGUGGUUGAGCUGCGGUUGGAAGAGAGCGAGCGAUUUAUGGUUCUCGGCAGCUUUGGUAUUCGGGUUCUACGUGGCGAAGUGACGAUUGCGGGUGCCUGCUUACGGCCUUCCGAGACCAUCCAAUGGAUUCACGCUCCUCACUGCCAUGCAGUUCCGGUAUUGAGAAGCGCGGAGAACACUGGCUUGGAGCUUCACCCUGAUAAUGCCGCGCGAGGACUGCGUCAAUUGGGUCGGUUGUCGCCUUUAUUCAGGAAGAUGUGGAAUGAACCAGCGGACGCGACCUCGGGGAAGAGAAGUGCUAAGGAAGCGACUUUCCAAAUUCUGCAUACUUCAGAAGAUGCCCCUAAGCGCAGCAUCAUCCAGGACUUGGUCUCGCCCCCUGAGUGGAACAAGAAACUUGCUUCUCUGGUCUCGGCCGCCCGCAAGAAACCGGCUUUGUCGACCCUAGUUUGCGGGCCAAAAUCAGCUGGAAAAUCCACCUUCUCACGACUCCUCACAAAUCGGCUUCUAACAGACCGAACUUUGAGUCAGAGCGCCAAGGGUGUUGUGGUUCUUGACCUAGACCCAGGGCAGCCCGAGUACGCCCCCGCGGGAACUUUAUCCCUCGUUCACGUUACGCGACCGAAUCUAUCCAGUCCAUUUACGCAUCCUGGCAUCAAUGACUCUGGGAACGAGAUCAUUCGGUGCCAUGCCCUGGCAUCGGUUACCCCUGCCACGAACCCGGAGCUGUACCUCGCUUGUGCCGCAGAUCUCUUUGACACAUGCAGCAAGACCUUCCAAGACGUCCCAAUCAUUGUCAACACUCCCGGUUGGAUCUUAGGGACAGGUCUUGACUUACUGUCCGAGGUGAUAGGGCAGAUGGAACCUGAUGAAGUACUUUACAUGUCAGAGGAUGGGCCAGCAGAAACUGUCGACACGUUGCGGGGUGUGACCAAGUCAACCCUUUUUGAGUUACCAUCCCAGCCAUCCGAGUUUACCUCAAGGACUGCUGCGCAUUUGAGAGCGAUGCAUACAAUGUCAUAUUUUCACCUGGACGAGCCGAGUUCGAGUUUGCCGGACUCGGCAGCUCAGAGGAUGAGAUGGAACCCAACUCCUCUCAGCGCGAAACCUCCACUUUUAGUUCCAUAUUCAUCACCGCAACCUGGGAUACAGUGUCUCCUCUCAUACGACUAUCAAGCGCCUCCAGAACUACUAGCAGACGCGGUGAAUGGAAUGGUACUCGCCGCUGUGGAAAUUGAGGAUCCGAAGGCGUUUGGAGACUUGGAACUGGGCUGGUCAUCUGCUCCGGCCACGAAUACCAUGGAAGUUGAUACAAACGCCAAAAUGGGGUCGAAGCGCGUGCUCCCUAUGACUCCCGAAGGCCUCACUUUUAUUCCAAAUUACAAUGAUGUUGCUCUCGACCCCAGGUAUUCCCGUACUGUCGGGUUGGUUCUUAUCCGGGGAAUAGACACAACAACCAAGACUCUCCAACUACUAACGCCGAUUUCUUCUGAUGUCAUCAGGGACAUCAAAUCGAAAGAUCGAGAUAUCGUCCUUGUACAUGGCAAGUUUGAUGCCCCAAGCUGGGCAUACACUGAGGACCUUUACGAGCAAGCUGGAAAUGACGAGGGAACUGAUGAAUGGCUCGAUGUCACGGAAGAGGAUACAGACGAUGAUGAUUCGACUGCGGAGCCAAAAGAUGUUGAGAAGGUCAGCGACCUUACGGCAAUUCCUUGGGUCGAGGUGCUAAAGGGCAAUGAGAAGCGGCCAGUUGGAUCGAGAGUGUGGAGGGUACGAAGAGACCUGGGACGCAAUGCAGGCGAUUAG